AAAGAAAUACAGUAGUGCAAGAGGCAAAUGACGAGGUAGUGUUCGUGGACCGUUCAGAAAUCUGAUGGAGGAGGACGUGUAGUAUAGACUCGUGGGCCGAAUCGCCUGGACCACUGCCGUACGUUGCAUGCUUGUUGGAGCGGAGGGACGAGCAAGGCGCAUGCGCGCGAAGUCGGUGGCAGCCGGUGCGUUGGGGAGCUGGAGGCGGCGCUGUGCUGCCCGUUAUCCCGGGGCUCGCCAGCGGAUCGGAACCAAGCGUGAGAACAUGGCGCUGGAGCAGCGGAGGAUCGAGGCCCGAGCCUGUGCCACGGCGGCCGGCUGGGCUUCUGGAAGUUUCGCCAAGCCGGGCUGCGGGCUGGCCGGCUCGCUGCUGCUGUUGCUGGCGGCGCUGAGCGUGUGCCUGUGCGGCGGGCCCGGCGCCCAGGGCAAGGAGUGCGAGAAGCCGUGCGUGCACGGCAGCUGCAGCGCGGCCACCGGCCAGUGCGUGUGUCAGGCCGGCUGGGUCGGCGAGUCGUGUCAGCACUGCGGCGGCAGGUUCAAAUUAACUGGAGACUUCGGAUAUCUUACAGAUGGACCAGGGAACUACAAAUAUAAAACAAAGUGUACCUGGCUUAUUGAAGGACAGCCAAACACUAUAUUGAGACUUCGCUUCAUUCACUUUGCUACAGAGUGCAGCUGGGACCAUUUAUAUGUCUAUGAUGGGGACUCUGUUUAUGCACCACUGUUAGCUGUGUUCAGUGGUUUGAUCGUACCUGAGAAAAAUGGGAACGGGACAAUACCAGAAGUUGUUUCACGAUCUGGAUAUGCUUUGCUCCAUUUUUUCAGUGACGCUGCAUAUAAUUUGACUGGAUUUAACAUCACAUAUAACAUCAACUCUUGCCCAAACAACUGUUCAGGACAUGGAAAAUGUGUGGAAGGUGCGGACAAUACUACUGUGCAAUGUCUGUGUGAAGAACAUUGGAAAGGAGAAUCAUGUGAUAUAUCUUACUGCUUAAAUGAUUGUGGAUAUCCAAAUCGUGGUAACUGUGACUUGAAUGAUACAAAAGCUUGCAUAUGCUACGAUGGCUGGCAAGGCCCUGACUGCUCACUUACAGCUAAUGCGUCAUUUUGGGAAAGGGAAGAAUAUGACGUUCCGAUGCUUGCCCGCGCCUCCCACAAGGCUGUUGUUAGUGACAAUGUCAUGUGGGUUAUUGGAGGUUAUGUGUUCAAUUACUCGGAGUACCAGAUGGUUGCAGCGUAUGAUUUAAGAGAACUCAAAUGGCAUAAAUUGAAGAAAUCAGCAGACCGAGUCAUUGGGCGAUAUGGGCACUCUGUGGCUUUGUAUAAGGAUAAAAUUUACAUGUAUGGAGGUAAAAUUGAUUCAACAGGAAAUAUCACGAACCAGCUGUGGGUGUUUCACAUUCACAAUCAGUCAUGGGUGCAACUGAGUCCAAAGGCAAAGCAGCAAUAUGCAGUGGUGGGCCACUCUGCACAUAUAGUAAUGUUGAAAGAUGGUAGUGUUGUGAUGUUGGUCAUCUUCGGCUACUGUCCACUGUAUGGAUAUGUCAGCAAGAUACAAGCAUAUAAUCUUGGUAAAAAUACAUGGAGUAUACUGCAAACAAACGGGGCCUUGGUUCAAGGAGGCUAUGGUCACAGCAGUGUUUAUGACUAUAAGACACGAGCUAUUUACAUACAUGGAGGAUAUAAAGCUGUCAGUGCAAAUAAAUAUGGCCUCAGGGAUGACCUGUACAAGUAUGAUGUGGAUAAAUGCAGUUGGGUAAUUUUGAAGGACAGAGGCUUCUUCCGUUAUCUUCAUACGGCCAUUAUUAUAAGUGGGACGAUGUUAGUAUUUGGUGGUAACACUCACAAUGACACUUCAAUGAGCCAUGGGGCUAAGUGCUUCUCCUCAGACUUCAUGGCUUAUGAUUUGGCAUGUGAUGAAUGGACCGUGCUGCCUAUGCCUGAUCUUCCUCAUGACGUGAAUCGGUUUGGUCACUCGGCUGUAUUCAGUAAUGGCACAAUGUACAUUUUUGGUGGAUUCAACAGUCUUCUUUUGAGUGAUGUGUUGAUGUUCACGGUACCCAAAUGUGAUGUUUUCUCUGAUGAGGAGUCGUGCCUUGUGGCAGUACCUGAAAUCCGUUGUGUAUGGAGCACCAAUAUGUCACAAUGUGUGCCCUGGGAAAUGGCAACCGGAGUGGAAAAGAUUACGAAAAUGUGUCAAAACAAGACGUAUGCAGAUGAUGAAAAGUGCGAUCAGUAUACUGAUUGCUACAGCUGCACAGUCAAUACAAAUGGUUGUCAAUGGUGUCAUGACAAGUGCCUGUCAAAGAGCAGUAACUGCACAGAAGCCCCUGGACCAGUUGAGAGUUUUGGAGUGUGCCCGGAAGAUAAACCUGAGUACGUUUGCAACAAGCUGACUAGCUGCAAGAGUUGUGCCAUGGACCAGAACUGUCAAUGGGAACCCAGAAAUCAAGAAUGCAUUCCACUGCCUGAAACAAUCUGUGGAGAGAACUGGCACUUAGUGGGCAACUCGUGUCUGACAAUCACCACUUCAAAAGAUAGCUAUGAUAAUGCAAAGCUGUUCUGCAGAGGUCAGAAAGCUGCAUUAGUCUCACUUACGUCACAGAAGAAAGUCGAAUUUGUUCUGAAGGAAUUGCAAAUCAUGCAUGUGUUGCGAAAAACACCAAUAACCCCUUGGGUUGGAUUACGCAAAAUAAAUGUUUCUUACUGGUGCUGGGAAGAUAUGUCACCCUUCACAAACACAUCACUGGCAUGGAUGAUCGAGGAACCAAGUGAUGCAGGGUUUUGUGGCUACUUGGCAGAACCAAGUUAUGCUGGUUUGAAAGCAGCUACCUGCAUCAAUUUAGUGAAUGGAAGUGUGUGUGAAAGACCAGCAAACCACAGUGCCAUUCAGUGUCGUACGCCAUGUGCAUUGCGAACAGGGUGCACUGAGUGUACAAAUUCAAACACGGAGUGUAUGUGGUGCAGCAACAUGAAGCAAUGUGUUGAUGCCAAUGCAUAUGUGGCUUCCUUUCCUUUUGGCCAAUGCAUGGAAUGGUCUACUUCCAACAACUGUUCACCUGAGAAUUGUUCUGGUUACCGUACGUGCAGUCAUUGUUUGGAGCAGCCUGGAUGUGGAUGGUGUACUGACCCCAGCAAUACAGGGAAAGGACAGUGUAUAGAAGGAUCUUAUCGUGGGCCAAUGAAAAUUUCUACAGUAAACACUCCCUAUAUACCCACUCUGAAUGUCAGCAUGUGUCCUGCAGAAACAAAGCACAACUGGUCCUUUAUCCAAUGUCCAGCUUGUCAGUGUAACGGCCAUAGCAAGUGUGUAAAUGAGAGCAUCUGUGAGAAGUGUGAAGAUCUAACAACUGGCAACCACUGUGAUACUUGCAUAUCUGGUUACUACGGUGACCCUACGAAUGGAGGGAGUUGCCAGUCCUGCAAAUGCAAUGGACAUGCAUCCAUCUGUGAUACCAAGACAGGAAAAUGCUUCUGCACGACUAAAGGAAUCAAAGGGGACAAGUGUCAGCUAUGUGAUGUGGAAACACGAUACCAGGGAAACCCUUUGAAAGGAACUUGUUACUACACUCUGCUGAUUGACUAUCAGUUUACCUUCAGUCUCUCUCAAGAGGAUGAUCGUUACUACACAGCCAUUAACUUUGUAGCCACCCCUGAGGAACAAAACCGCGACCUGGAUAUGUUUAUCAACGCAUCAAAAAAUUUCAACCUGAACAUAACGUGGUCAAGUAGCUUCAUGGCAGGCACACCACCAGGAGAAGAAAUACCGAUUGUUUCAAAGACUAACAUCAAGGAAUACAAAGAUAGUUUCUCCAAUGAGAAGUUUGACUUCCGCAACAACCCGAAUAUAACGUUCUUCGUGUAUGUAAACAACUUCACCUGGCCAAUUAAGAUACAGAUCGCCUUUUCUCAGCAUAACAACUUCAUGGACCUUGUGCAGUUCUUUGUCACAUUUUUCAGUUGUUUUCUGUCAUUAUUGUUGGUGGCUGCUGUCGUCUGGAAGAUUAAGCAAAGCUGCUGGGCGUCAAGGAGGAGAGAGCAACUUCUACGAGAGAUGCAGCAGAUGGCUAGUCGUCCUUUUGCCACUAUCAAUGUUGCCUUGGAGACAGAAGAGGAACCACCUGAUCUUAUUGGAGGAAGCAUCAAGAGUAUCCCAAAGCCCAUAGCAUUAGAGCCAUGCUUUGGCAAUAAGGCAGCUAUCCUGUCAAUAUUUGUACGGCUACCAAGAGGAAUGGGAGGAAUCCCACCACCUGGACAGUCAGGUCUUGCUGUAGCCAGUGCAUUAGUAGACAUUUCACAGCAGAAGUCCAUGGAUCACAAAGAAAAAUCUGGAGCAAUGCGAAAUAGGAAACACCUUUCUCCUGCACAGCCAGGCACCUGCAUUUGACACUGAGAAGCCUCAUUUGUCGAUCCUGAAGAAUUUUUUUUUUAAAGAAAGAAAACUUAGCUUGACGAGCCAGUCCACUUCUGUUCUGAGAUUGUGGCCAAAAAUAAAUCUAAAACCAUUUUGAGAAACACCGGAAUCUCCAUCUGCCCCCCUCUGCAUGUCUGCGAUUUUUAUUUUUACUGAAGAUUAUGUGCUUGUAUUAAUGUUUCCAAGACCACGUUUUCUCAUCAGACCACAUUUUUUUUUUCAUUUGCAUUCACUUAGUGGGGAAAAAAGGCAUAAAUUAGAAUUGUCCGAAGAAACAGGAAACAACGAUCAAAGGCAGCAUCUGGAUUUUAAACACUUUGGUUCUUCAGAAGGCAUUUGGAUGGAGGAGGACCAGAGAGGACUUUAUAUAUAUAUCAUGACGUAUAAAAGUAUAGUGGAUGAUAAUGGAUGUGACAUUAUUUGGUUCUGACCAUUGUAGCAGAAUGUAUUUCUCUUCUUGAGAGGGUGGGAAAGGGAGCUGAAGACCAUUUGGCCUGGACAGCUCAGAGCUCCAGCUCUGUUUUAGAAUGAUCGUGGAUUGAUUCUACACAGGGAAAUAUAUAAGAUACCUCAGUUUAUAUAUAAAGAAAACAGUAGUCUUCCAAAAUAGCUUCAGUUACAACUUUCAUAGCAUCCAGAGACCUUAGAAGCAAAACACAUUUUUGAAUAACACUAUUGGCUGAUUCUUGUCUUUUUAUCUAUGGUUAUGUCCAGGUGAGCAGAUAGCCACAUAUAUUUAUUUAUUUCACAGGAAACACCAUAAGAAAUACAAGAUACAAACAAAUCUGAGUCACAUUCAGAAGUAUAAAUUGGUAUUGAAUUUUAUACUUUUACUCUAUAAACAGUUAAAAUGAAGGUUCUUUCAGUAAGAGAAAUGGUAUCUGGCAGCUUGACCCUUGAUACUGGUGAAGUUGUCUUGUUGGGAGAAAUAGCAAAAAUUCAGCUUUGAAAGUGGUUUGCGUGUCCAGUGAUACUCGGUCAAGUCAUGUCUUGAUCUGAUUCUUUCAUGAGAGGCAUCCAUUAUAAUUAUCUAUUUCACCACAAUAACGUGGUGGAUCUGUUGCUUUGUGAUCUGGAUGUUCGGUAUUGUAUGUCAUGUCUUUCAAUCAAAUGCUGACAAAACUAUGUUGAAGAGAACAUCCAGUUUUUUUUUCGUGCUAUUGUGAAGUCUUUUAAUGGAUGUCAAAAAAAAAAAUUGCCUGAAUAUAUAUAUAUGUAAACUGUUGUCUAGGGCUAGCUGGUGGUGAGACAUGAAUGCUUCCAACCUAUUGUAGGUCAUUCUUUGCUGCUGAGUAGCUGAAGCAGGAGUUAAAGAAUGGUGGAAAUCCAUGGAGAUGGAAACUGAUGGAAAUGCACACUAGGUCAAAUAUGUAGGAAGACCAAAUGGAGCAGGUUCAGGACUGGUUCUUCUGCAGAGCUAAGUAUCAUGUUCAGCUAGAUCAGUAUCUCUUAAUCAAAGAUAGUUCUGAUGAUAUUGCAUCUAAAAUGUUGACCUUUUCCACAUAAAGCCCUGGAGAAUCCUGCCAGCAUUCCUGAAAAUGAAAUAUUGUUUUUGAAUUUUCAGUAUAAGCAGCUGUCUCAGAAUCAUUUCCUUGAGCUGAGCUGUUGAUAUUGCAAUUAACUAACAGAAAACUAACAAAAGUGCAUGAUAAAUCAAUUUAAUGUAACCAUUUCAUGACUCAGAAUUAUCAGAACAUUUAACUGGAGCUGACAAUUCAUGGGUUUCAGAUGACCCAGAAAUAUAGUUAUGACUGUGACCUGAUCUCUAUCUGACAUGGUGAAUUAAAGUACUUUCAGGACUGUAAGAUGGAUUAAGUAUAGACAGAACUCAGUCCAUUCUAAAACUAUGUAAAUUGAACUGAUUCAUAAUUAUCUUGGGCAGUGCAAGAACCUUGAACUGUUGCAAAGUGAUUAAUGUGUGGAGUUUUGGCAGUAAUGUCAACAGCUAACUGAAGUCACUCAUCUCAACUGUUAUCUCAGGAUUCCUCCCAAAACCAAAGGUCAGUGCAGAAACUCUAUUCUCCUGGGAAAUAUUUUGUAGUAUGGUUGACCUGCACUGGGGAAAUAGGGCAGACAGAAUGAGGCUAAGAUAUCUUAUAUUACUGGAACUUUAACUGAACUUGUCAAACUGUGCUAUUAAGGACUAUAUCAGUUGAUGUAGAUCCAAAGUAAUGUAGCAUUAUUAUCUUUCAAAACGUUGCUUGAAACUUUGGCAUUAUAAAUGUGUAAUGACCAUCAAAACCACUGGAUCCUUAUCAGCAUAGGUAAUUUUUUGAAUCUAAACCCUUCCUUAAAUUCAUUGAAGUGCAGAAAAUAUAGAUGCCUGAAAUUUUUGAGCUACUUGUCCAUACAUCAAAAAGAUUCUGAUAUUUACGGAGGUUAAUAGGUUCAUGAAUAGUACGGGCGUCAAAGGUUACGGGGAGAAGGCAGGGUUGAGAGAGAUAAUGGGUCAACCAUGAUGGAAAGGUGAAGCAGACCUGUUGGACUGAAUGGCCUAAUUCUGCACUGUAUCUUGUGGUCUUAUUUACAGUUCUCUCAUUAAUUGGUCAUUUGAACUUUUUAUUAUUAGGAUGAGACUUCUUUUGCAUCUAUUAAAUGCUAUGUUUCAAA